CAUGGCAAUUCGGGGAAACAAUUCAGAGCUGGACCGCAAAGGAUAAUGCACACACCUAUGGCAUGCUAGCUCAUCAGAAGAUAAACACAACUUUAAAGUUCGAUUAAAUCUUUAUACGUUAUGCCAGCGCCACAAAUGAAAAAUAAGGAGUCCAUUUCCAGUAAAGUGUCGGCGAGCGUACAAAGUGAGUUUGGCCUCACGUUGCGUUUAACUACCGUUAGCCACCUGUCACCAGUCUCAAUAUUCAAACGAGUGUUAGCUUAAAAUGUCCAUUCGGUUCAUUUACUCCACAGGACGGUCAUUUGUAGCUUAUGGCUUUAGAGAAUUCAUCAUGACUGGCUAGUCUAAACAACUUUGCAGGGUAAAAGGCCCAUUUUGAAGGACGUAUCACGACGGGGGAUUUGCUUGACACAUAAUGUCCAAAGCUCAGCUCAAGAAAAAGGAGUCCACUUCCAGCAAAAUAUCCGACGUGCCAGUAGAAGUAUGUUCAGCACCCACCAUAUCCGUGGAUAGCCUGGAGGAUGUGUGGCCCGAGUGGAAUGACGGGGAUGUCGACAGGGAGAAAUGGGACUCGGGAAAAGCACCAGAAGAUUCAAAGAAGCCUCCCCCUCCAAAUUUACAGCUGUUCUUUGAGGAUCCAGAGGGGAAAAUUAGCCUUCCGGCAUCUUUGAAUGUGGAGUACUGGAGGCGCCCUACAGAGUUUCUCUGCAGCAUGGUGCCCACAGUUGUUGAGAACACACAUAGCUUUGACCUGGUGACCUCCAACCACCAUCUACUUGGCAGUGAGCUGAUGAGGUGGAUGAUCAGUGAGAUCUACAUCGUUUGGAAAGUCUUCCACCACCCUGAAGCUUCAGAGCAGCAUGACUGGAAACCUUGGGAGCACAUCUACUCGCUGUGCAAGACGGGGAAAGGCCACGUGCCGCUCUUCAACUGCUACGGGAAAUACCUGGUUCGACUCUUCUGGAUGGGUCGCUGGCGGAAGAUAACGGUGGAUGAUUUCAUGCCCUUCGACAAAGACCACAAUCUGCUUCUGCCAGCGUCCGGCUGUCGGGCGGAGCUGUGGCCCAUGCUGCUGGCCAAGGCGCUCGUCAAAGUUAAUAACACGAGGCCGCUCAGUCGAGAUGUCAACAGAAAUAAAAUGUCACAGCUCUCUGACGAGAUAGGCGAGUUCAACUUCAUCCACCACCUUACCGGCUGGAUCCCGGAAAUCAGUCCAAUAAACUAUGUGUGCCGAAGAAAAACGUGGGAUUUCUUGCAAGGCAACAUCCCGGCAUUUGUGCACAAAUGCUUGAAAGCGCAUCAGAAGAAUCACCAGGACACAGAACACAGGAGCCAUCACGACGUAGACAAAGACCAGCCCAAAUCGGUGGUGUGCGCCAGCUUCUAUCCUAAUCAGCUACACGAUGAUCCUUUUGUGUACACAAAAAUGGCCGAUUCCUCGGAGGCUCUCCGUCGCUACAACCUGUGUUUGCGCCACAGCCACGUGGUCCUGUUGACCCAAACCCGAACGUGCCCGUUGGACUUACCGCACCAGCCUCCGCCUGAGCCGCGGUGGAAACUGGUCCGCAAGAAACCCGAGAAGCCCAUUAUCACAGAUGAGCCGAAAAUCAUUCCUUUGUCCAAACCUGAAGAGUUCAUCGGCAUCGCCAGCCCCUUCAUUGAGCAGCGUGUCAAGAGCCCUCCGAGCCCCUCCGCUGAAUGGGCCAACAAAUGGAGCGUCCCAAAGAAGGAGCCCUACACGCCCCCUCUGGAGUCCAUCCCCGAGGGAGCGGAGAACGAAGGCCGUGAGCCCGUCAACCCCGACGCGCCCGAAAAUGAGGUUAACAGUGAAAUCCUCGUCGAGGAGGUGGAGGUUCCCACCGAGGACAAGAAGAAGGACGACGAUGCCGUGUCCAUUGAACCGCCAAGUGUAGUAAAACAGCCUGUCGUCAAACCCAUCCUACCAGAGGCCUGGGUGGAAUCGGAGGAUUUUCCAAAAUGUUUCUGUCGCUUGUUGGUGUUCCACAACCCCGAAAUGUACCCACACCAUGCCCAGAAGUCUCUUCUUAAGUGUUCAUAUGCGCGAGGGACUUACUACUUGUGCGUGGACAGUCUGCAUCCCUCCGAGUUCCUCAUCAGUUUUUCUGGCCUGCUUCGCUGGGGAGAAAUAGACAGCGCCAAUGACGAUUCAUCAACUCCCUGCCCCGCCCUUCUCCAGGCCGCCCCGUUCCACUGGAAGAGCAGACAGUGUCAGCAGCCCAUCGUCACCAUCGAGACCAACUGCACAAAAUCCACCGUGCUUAACUUGCCCGAGGGGCGCCAUGUUUUGUCCUUUCACACGUACGCAGAGCUGGGCUACAAUGUGCAUCUGUUUAGCAAAACACCUUUCUCCUUUGGGGAGGAGGAUGACAUUAUGUGGCUCUGCACCAAGGAAAGUGUCCGUUUUAACGAGAGAGCUAAGGCCAUCAUGUGUGCCCUGACCAGAGUGGUGGCUUCCUUUCAUGACCACCAGCAUGGGCAAAAUCCUGAAAUCAGACACAGCCUGGAGGAAGCUUGCAGUCCCAAACAAACCCCGCUGGAAAACUGGCACGUCCAAAAGGUUUUCAGCCUGGCUGUCUAUCAUAUGCUGUGUGAUGCCCUGGGCAGGGAAAUGACCCCGCAGGAGCGCUUUGCUGUUUUGGCCCUCACUGCCGACCCUUUACUGUUGGCUAGGACGCGUAGGCCGCACUCCCCUGCAUCGUGUCAAGAAUCAAAGCCUCCGGAAACGUGGAUUGACAGGCAGCCAACAGAGGAAGAGGUCAAAGCAGCCAUUGUGCUGCAAGCUGCGUUCAGGGGACUUUUGGCGCGAGAGGUCUACAGAUCCUCCAAAGCAGGCACCAAGGAGAGCAUCUGCGCGUCUGCUGCGCUUUCCGACAUGUGGGUAAAGGUGGAAUGCGACGUUGACAAACACGCCACCUCCCUCCUCCGGUACAUGUUUGAGCUGUUUGACAGGAAAAGCCCAAUCUACCCGUGUCAGCUGGAUGAAUGGACUAAAGUAGUCUUCACGGACUACUCUGUAAACCUCCUGGACAAAGCCAACUCCUGGAUCUUGGUCUUUAGAGAGGUGUUCUUUUUCACGAAGGAGACGCUGCUGUUGACAAAGGUCGACAGUCCGGUCCCGUAUUCUCGGCUGCACAUCAUCAAUAACGACACCGGAGAAGAUCUAAGCAAGCUCCUCACAAAAGUCCCGCCCCUUCUUUAUCAACCCAAUGAGCUGGGUUACACGUUUGUCGCCGAGGUUCUCACGUCCGACUUGCCACCCGCCAACGCCAAGUGGACGAUGCGCUUCAUUACCACCCGAGAGCCUCUCCCGAAAUUGUCUCGUGCGCCUCCGCUCGAAACGUUUGCUGUGCAGGAAUUCCAGGAUUAUUACAUUCCCAACAUUUAUAAUAUUAUAUGUGGUUAUACGGUGAAGGUGACCGUGCCUCUCGUCGGCACCGUUCACUUUCAGGCAUCCAGCCGUUACGUCAAGAUACGUCUGUCAAUCAUAGAGCAAGAGACGGUCGUGGCCAGCGCCAUCGGCCAAGGCCACGUCGUCAUUCCCGUCGCCAACUUCCUGCCCAACGAAGAGAGGGAGGAGGAGGAGGAAGAGGAGGAGGAGGAGGAAGAAGAGGAGGAGGAGGAGCCUUCAGCUCCCAAUGGCGCGGUAGAGGAGAACCAGCACACGGCCCCGGCCCAGGAGGAAGAGAUCAAGGCGUUAGACGACAGCCAGGACGAAGACAAGGAGAGCAGUACGUCGGGGAAAUCGGACUGCGAAGAUGACCACUUGCCGCCGCCCAUUAAGCCGCCGGAUUACAGGUAUUUGCUGAGGGCAGAGGUGCUGUAUCACAGCUGGAAUUUGGAUGAGUCCCAGUUGGCCUUCGCUAAUCUGCUCAGUUUCAAAGAAACCCAAGUGUUCUUUCCGGAGGAAUUGACGGAAUCGGUCUCCGCCACAUCGGGCAGCGAUGAAACGAGCACUGACGCAGCCAAAGUCAACCGGAAAGGCGAAGAUGACAAAAGGAACAGCAGCUCCUCAUCUGUCUCCAGGGAAGAAAUGUGUCUCGACUUGAGCAAGGCCAACUACACGCUACAUGUGGCGGUCGACAAGAGCCAAGCUGAGUGCAUCGUGGUGAAGAAGGAUGUUGAGCGAAUAGAGCAAAUCAAGGCUAUUAAAAGAGCCUGGGAGGCAGCUGAACCGGGCCGGGCUGCCAAGGCGUGGCAGCUACGUCUCAAGUGGCUCAGUCAAUUCUACUUCACCCAAGAUGGUGAUGAUCCCGCUCCAGAGCCGGCCACCACCGAAUCGGAUGACGACGGCCGCGGCGGUGGCGGCUUCAGCCCUACUCCGCCCGAUGCUCCCAAUAUACCAAUUGAAGAACUCUUAAGCAUCGUUGUUCCUCCGUUAGACUGCACACCGUUCAUCAGAAGGAAAAACGAUACCCCGAUCCUGUUGGACCCCGAACUCGAGGAGAGCCAGCGGAGGGAGCGCUUAGAACGCAUCCAGGCUUACCAGAUGGAGCGCGACCUGCUGGUGGAGGAGCGCGAACGCACGGCCGCCACCAGGAGGGAACGCAUGCAAAGCAUCCUGACGCAAUAUGAAGACCAGCAGACGGCGAUGGUGCAGGAACAACAGAAAUUCCAUGACAUACACACGGAGCAGAAUCAAAAAUCCUCAGACACUCGCAAAUGGCUUAAUAAUCGCAUAAACAGGAGAGAGGAUAAAAUCACGGCGGAUGAAGCCUAACAGGCUGCGAAACAAAAUCUCACUUGGCCUUAUGCGAGUCUUUUUUUUUUUUUUAAAUCCAUUUUUUUUUUUCUUUCAAGCGAGGCAGCCGCAAAGUGCCAAAUAAUACAACUUCUGGACCUCAGCAUGACUUUGAGAAUACAAAAAGAGUUUUGUACUGUCAGUGGAAACAGGGACAAAAAUCCUUCUGGCUGUGAAAAUGACACUUCCAACCAAUGUGCAAUUGUUUCAGUCUCUUGCACAAAUGUAAAACAAGCUGGACUAAAAAUGGACUUACUGUACUUGGCAGUUCACUUUUUGCGGGCUCAUUCCAGAUUAUUAAAUUAUGUAACAAAUAUAAUUUGUGAAUUUUUCUUAGCGACGAUUUCACAAAAGAGAAAAGGAAAAAAAAAGUGCUAAGCAGAACUGGCUUACUCAAAUGCAUGUCUAUGUUACAGUCAAUAAGAAAAAUAAUUUUUGAAAUAAAGUACAAAUGAAAAUGCUUUUAAAGAAGCAACUGAAACUACGGCAAAAUUUUGGUAUGUCAAACAAAGGAAGGUCAACCAGAUGUUUCCGAAUUGUAGUUUACUUUACGACACAAUACUAUAUAUCAGUGGUUCUCAAACUUUUUUCAGUGAUGUACCCCCUUUGAAAUAUUUUUUCAGCCAAGUACCCCCUGACCAGCGCAACACAUUUCUGGUCGAAAAGAAAGAGGUACAGGAUUGUCCCAUCAGUGUUUGAUUUAUUAAAGUUAAACAACUUGU